AUGCAGCUCUCCUUCUAUGCUGAUUUAUCAGAGGCGAACCUGGCCUGGCGCCUUUUGCUGAAACCCUUCACGGUUCUCCUCUGCCUGCACAACAUACAAUACCACUGGAGGCGGCCUCGGGCACUCUUAAUCCAUCACGGCGACAUAUCGUACAAGAUCACAGAUAUGCAGGGCGCCACGAAUCUCCUACCAACCCUGGGGCUGCAGCAGAACUCUGUCUGCGUCGGGACCAAACCAACCAGCGGAACAGCCAUCAACAGGGGCCCCUACCAAGGUGACAUCAUUCGUCCCCUGACGGGCUGGAGUAGGAGCCCUCAUAACGGACCUGAAGAACCCAGGGACUAA